AUGGAUUCUUUUUAUCAAAGUAAUGGGAGUUCAACAAUGAAUAAUAAAGAACAACAGCAACUCAUGUCUUCAGGUUUCGUACCUUCACCUUCACAAGUCGAGUAUGCACAUAUGACUGAUAACGGAUAUCCUCAAGAUCAACUUGAAAGAAUGUCUCAAAAUACCUUUAGUCAAGGUUUUACUGCAAUUUCUGAGCCGCCUCCUUAUGAACAAUUCAAAGAAUAUAACUGGGCAGAUGACUUAACUACAAUUAUUCCUCCUCAAUCGGAAGAAUUUGGUCAAGCAUUAUUGGAUUCAGCCGAUGAACAUUUCAUUUUUGAUGACUUUCUUGGUAAUCUUCAAGCAAAUCCAAACUUUAUUUUUAAUCCAUCAUUACCUUCAGAUAUGCCAGUAUUUCCACCUCCUGAUUCUGUUAAUGAAUUACUUCAUCCUAUGAGUUCAUCAUCUGUUUCAGAUGAUAUGUAUAAUAAUCUUUUACCAGAUCAAAUGACUACAACAAUUAAUUCAUCAUCAAUUUCUGAUCGAAAAGAUGGAUCUACGUUACAAUCAGUUCCUUCCAAACAAAGUCCAGGGAAUACUCCAGGUAGUAGUGUUAAUGGAUCACCUUCACCGAGAACACCUAAUAAUGAAUUUUCAAAGAAUGAAGAAGAAUCUUCAACAUUAAAUAAUUUAACUGAACAAGAUAAUGGUAAUACGACAGAUGAAUCACAAGAGAUCAAAUCGGAAUCAAAACCUACCCCACAAAAAUCAAGUCGGAAACCUUAUAAAGAACUUCUUACGGAAGAAGAGAAACGAGCAAAUCAUAUUGCAUCUGAACAAAAACGACGAAAUACAAUUCGAGCGGGAUUUAAAGAAUUAACGGAUAUUAUACCUACACUUAAGAAUGUGAAUAAUUCAAAAAGUACAAUUUUAUUUAAAGCAGUAGAUUAUAUUAAAUAUUUAGAGAAAAGGAAUAAAAGUUUAAAAGAAAGAGCAAGUCUUUUAGAAAUGAGAGUUGAAAUGGAAAUGAGACAAGGAGGUAAAAGAUUUCAUCAUCAUGGUGGAUUUGGACCAACGAUGGGAUUUGGACAUCAAAGAGUUGGACCAAUGCCAUAUGGUGUAAUUCAUAAUCCUAUGAAUGGUAUGAAUGGUAUGAACGGUAUGAAUGGUAUGAAUGGUAUGAAUGGAAUGAAUAGUAUAAAUGGAAUGAAUAAUAUAAAUGGGAUGAAUAAUAUAAAUGGUAUAAAUAAUAUAAAUAAUAUAAAUAAUAUGAAUGGUAUAAAUGGUAUGAAUAGUAUGAAUAAUAUGAAUGGUAUUAAUGGUAUAAAUGGUAUAAAUGGUAUGAAUGGUAUGAAUGGUAUGGGAAUUCCAAUAGGACCAGGACAUCCACCACCACAAACUCAUUCCAUGCCACCACCUCAAAUGCAAAAUAUGCAAUAUUUUGAGGAGGAAGUAAUGGUAAUGGAAAUUGAUGAUGAUCAAGAAAUGAUGAAUCAUCAUCUUCAUAAUGGUGUUGAUCCAGGAAUGGUAGUAGGCGUAGAUCACGAUGGUGAUUCGUCUAUGAUGGUGAUGAAUGGAAAUACAUCGCGCGUUAGCGUUAAAUGUUUAUAA